AUGAACUCGCUACAGCCCAACCUUGAUAACAAUUCCAUUCCAAGUAACGAUGAGCUGACAUCUGGUGAUGAAUACCUCCUGAGCGAUGAGGAGAACUCAACUAUAGACGAAUCUAAUAACCAACUAGAUUUAAACGACCUAAGUAACUUGGGCAAUCAUGCAAAGUAUCUUUCCAACUCAAUCCUACGAUCUUUGGACUCUGGCGAUAUCGAUAAGUCCUUAGCUCUUGAAGCGCAAAUUAGUGGCAACUUGAAUAAUGAGAACCAACGAUUGGUGGAAAAGACGCGCCUUUUGCUGAAUAAGCUCAACACUAUUCAGGAACUAUGUGAUGCUUAUUUUGGAAUCAAGGAAAGCACCAAAUCAAGCAAAGUAGAAAGACUCCACAAUGAGAUCAGUACUAUUGAAAAGAAAUUGGAGAGGUUAAAGCAUGGUCGUCAAUCUGCAUUCCCCACAUCUUUGAUCAAGGGUCAACUGAUUGGUAUCAUUGAAAAAUACCCGGUGGAGUACUAUCAAGCGCGGGACAAAGUACUCGAAAGGAUUCGAACCAAUUCAGAUUAA